AUGAAGGUAUUCAAUGAGCUUCAAAGGCAAGGAUUUUCGGAGGAACAGAGCGAUGUCAUUCUACGACUGAUCAAAGAGAAUCUAUCGCAUAAAGUCGGGGAGAUGGAACAAGACAUGCUGGAUACCAGUGAAUUAGAAAACGAGAUGUAUCUCUUUGAGGCUGCCCAGAGUGAACUGAGGGUUGAAAUCAAAACCUCUCGAGAGGCUGACUUGAAGACCCUCGAGAGUGAAAGGUCCCUUCUUGAGAAUCUGAUCAACGAAGAGACUGAGAGUUUGAACAAGGAUUUCAUAGUUGCCAGGAACGAUUCUCAAGUGCUCAUCAACGAUCAGAUCUCCGAGAACACGUUGUUACAGCGUAAAAUCAAAAGACGUAUACAGGACCUAAACAACAGAAUCAGCACUGAGAUCAACGGGGAUAUCAAGUCUGAUAUCGAGGGGUUGAGAUGGCACACGACGAGCCGUGGGUUAAUGGCGGUUCUUGUUCUAGUGUUCUCCAUCAUGGGAGGCGUCAGUAUCAGCAAGAAGAAGAAUAGAGAGGAACCUCUCCCGGAGGUGAUAUUGAGGACUCUGGAACCGGAGGAAGAGGACGAACAUGAUUUAGACGAGGAAUUGAAGAGCCUCGAUCUGGAGAGACUAGCGAGGGAGAGGAAGUCUUAA